AUGGAAAGGCGCGUUGAAGAGUUGCUCAGAGCAUUACAUGCCUUAUCUUUUACAGAUGCUGACAGCAUCCUUGGCGAACUUCGUAGUUUGGUUUUAAAUCCAAAUCUCAGCUCAGCUCAAGUAGCUUUUUGCUCUUCCAAACUAUUGAAUUCCGAUAUUUCUCUAUUAAACUUCAUCAAAACCCAUCGUGAAGAGCCUGACAGACUGAUAUGAAAAACUAUGAGUAACUCUCUUGACUUAGUCUCAGACUAUAUAAAGACUCGGUCAAAUACAAUUAAUGAAUAUAUCCCCGAAAUCAAAGAAGUCUGCAUCCAAUUGAUGGCAAAAUCAACCAAGUCCAGCAUGGUUAAAGAAGCUGCCCUCAGGCCUCUAAUUAAGCUCCUUGAGACUUUUGUAGCCACCAAGCUUAAAGAUAUCCUUGAUCCUGAAGGCAUGAUCGCAAUUUUGCUUGACAACAAGCUAAAAACAGAAGAAAAAACCAUGGGAUCGACACUCAGAGGCGCAAUUUAUAAUAUGCUUGGCCUACUAGUUUCCCAUUUCGAAGGCGAGCUACAGCACCGUAUCCCUGAAAUCCAGCAGCUUAUCCAUAUAAGAAUAAGAACAGAAAUCAAUAAAGGCCAAAAGACAGAAGAACGUUCACUAGCAGGAUGAUAAAUAUAAUGGCAUUCGGUUUGAGAGAAAUUAGCUCUGCUCCCUUAUAGAAUUUUAUUUAUGGGUUUGGCUUCUCUUGAGAAUAUCUGGACAGCAACAAUGGUUUAUCUUUGGGGAUAACCAGGGGAACUGUUCCACAAUGCAGCUAAAUGGUUCAGGAUUUUACCUUUCGCCACAUUUGAGCCUGAUGAUAAAAACGCAAGGAGCUUAGUCAGACAAAGGUGAAGGCAUCGCUCCUGGUAAAAAUCGCUGGUAAGGAUUGCAGGCAGUUUAUUUGGGAUGGUCCGAUCUUUUUGAUCAAAAAUGCUUGUGGCUUCACCAUUUUGGCUCUUCUAUUUAGCAGGAGCGUGCAAUAAGACACCUUAGCCACUUAAACUAACGUAAUAUGCAUUAGCGGCGGGAAUGAUGAAAGGCUUGGCAUAUGGGCUAAAAAGCUUUAAUUACCCACAAGAAAUUCUCGCCGAGCUUUUUGGGUACGCGAAAGCCUUAAUGCAGCCAAUUGAGUCUAGAUAUAUGAUCCCUAAGGCAGCAAUGAAAAUAAUUGCAAUGAACUCGACUGUUUUUGCAGAUCUUAUAACAGAAAAUGCUAUACAACUGUUUAAUACAUUGAAUGAUUUAGCCAAAACAGGGGCUUACUCUAUAAAAUAUCUAGCUCAAGACUGCUGCGAACAAUGCUUGAUGGUUUUAGCUGACACUUUGUCAAGAGAAGCCCAAGCCCAUAUGCACACUUUUGAAUAUAUAUUGAAAAUUUUAAGAAAACAAAUAGAAACUCCUCAAGGCACCCAAGGAUAUCCUAACACCUUAAGAGCCCUUGGUGUUUUUUCUCAAGCUAUAGUAAAAUUCAGAGGUGAGGACUAUUUAAAAGACCUUUUAGACAAGCUUGUAGAGCUGAGUGAAAACUAUUUGUUUUCCCAAGAAGAAAUAGAAGAAGAAAGCUUCAAAGCUGUCAUGCUAAAACAAAAGUCCUUAGCCUCAUUUUUACUGUCCUAUGCUGACAUAGCAAGAUCACUGACUGUCAUCCCUGAACAUAUUUUGAUGCAUUUUUCCAAGGUAACCUUAGAGAUUUUUAAGCGAAAUAUGACUCUAAUAAAAAAAUACAGGUUUUUGCUGUAUCAGUCUAUUGCCCAGCUUUUUUCGUCUUUAUAUCUGCAAGCAGGACAGUUUGGGCCUUGGAUAAAAAUUUUUGUAACAAGGGCGAUGAAUGAGCUUUUGACUAUUCCUGAAGAAGUUGAAAACCCAGAAGAAAGGGUUAAGCUAGCAAGUCAGCUGUGGGCAGGAAUUUUAAGCCAAGAAUGCUUGACAGAAAUAUUGAUCCAGCAUAUUGUUGAUGAGAUUGGCCAGUUUUUUUUAAAUAUUCUGCAGACUUUGGAUUUACAGUACUCAAUUAAAGGAAAUUUGGCGGAUACUGAAAUUGUGGCAAAUAGUCCUGAGGAGCAGCAGUUUUUUUAUCAGGCCAGUGACUUUGCCAAGCAUUUUUUUAAAGUUAUGGCUCCAAGACUGACAGGGUGGGUAAUGCCAUAUGUGGACUUACUCACUCCCCCCCCAUCCUUGAUCGAACGACUUGCCAUCGUUCGAUCAAGGAUGGGGGUUAAAAAAUAUUUUUUGGGAAAAAAAAUUUUAUAUAUAAAAUCAAAUAUAUAUAUAUAUUUUUUUUUUAUUUACUUUUAAAAAAGAGGGUUAAGAGUAUUUAAUAAUUAUUUUUACAGCAAACAAUUGAAUUAAUUUUAUAAAAAUACCAAUUUUUAAUAUUUUGAUUUAUUAGUUACCCCCCUUUAAAACUGUAUAAAUUUUAAAUUUGUUCCUUAUUAAAUUAAAUUUUUUUUUUUAAAAAUUUUAAAGAAUCUAUAUUUUAUUAGAUUAUUAAGUUUUCAAGCCCAGGUUGAUGACUAAACCACUUCGUAUGGUUGAUUCCAAAGCUUUUUUUCGUCUCAAAGUCUCUGAGAACAACUUCAUUAGGUGCAUCUUCCUAAGCUUUUGAUAACUAAAUAUAUUUUUAUAUAUAUAUAAAAAAUUUGCAUGAUAUGAAAAUCGUUCGAUCAAGGAUGGGGGUUAAUUUCCCCAAUUUUUAGGAAUUUUUACAGUCAAUCGUUCGAUCAAGGAUGGGGGGGAGUCAAUAAAAAAUCGUCUGAAUUACCUUUAUUGCCAUCUUUAUAUAGUUUUUUAACAGUCAUAAUGACUGUGUGCAGCAAAACAGACUUUCUAGAUACUUUACCACAUGAAAGAAGGAUUAUUUCAGAAACAAUUAAAAGCUUAAUUAAGAGAAUGCAAGGCUUCCAUGACGCAUUACUCGGUAGCUGUCUUGAGGUUUGUUUAGCUUGCCCUGUGAGCUUAAUUUACUCCCCUGAAGAAAACAAUUUGCCUACAUGGGUUCCUGUUAUAGUCCAAGCUUUAUCAUUAGGCUUAGCCCAUUUGCCGCUAGCCCAUAGCACAAUUUCUGCUUUGAAUGACUGGACUAAAAAAAUCCCUAUGAGUGCUCUAGAGCCAUUUUUGCCUGAAAUUUUACCAUGUUUAUCAAGCUAUUUAACAGUUGAUAAAAUCAGCCAAGAAGUCCAAGGGGGGGAUACAGAAGAAGCUUUGAUUCGGAAAAAGCGAAAAACAGUCGCAUUUAGGGUGGUCAAGCUAUUAGGGUCUUUAGGUGGAUUUUCUCAUUAUAUUGUGCCUAAAAAAGUAGAGGAUAUUCAUAUAGCUUGGGACGCAGAGCCUAGGGUGAAAUUUGCAAUCCCUUUACACCAAAUAAAGCUGGAAGUGUUUUUAGACCCGGCACUGCCUAGAAUUCUGCAUUUAGCAGAAAAUGCUACAGAUAGAAAAACAAGGGUCGCAGCUUGUGAGCUUUUGCACUCUAUAAUAAUUUAUAUGCUUGGAAAAAACUCACAGAUAGGAGCGAGAUCUAAAGAGUCCAACCCUUUUGCUAAAGUUUAUGAAAAGCUCUUUCCUGUUAUUUAUAACCUUGCUACUGAUGUAGAAGCUGUGAGCCGACAAGUUUUUGAGCCACUAAGCAGACAGCUUGUCAGAUGGUUUGCAAAGUCAAGGGGAUAUGAACACCCUGAGACUAUGGCCCUUCUAGAUGCCUUAAUGCAAGCUGUCUCUAACCCUAAUAAUGCAGCCUUAAGAAAUCUUGCAGGAAGCUGCAUGGGAGAGUUUGCAAGCUCAGUCAUUUCUCAGCCAGCAUCCCCUGUAGCUUAUUUCAAGUCAAUUUUAAGAAGAAUUGAAACCUAUUCAAACCAUCCAGACUCUACCAAAAGGCUUGGCGCAGUUCUUUGUAUCGGAAAUAUCCUGACCCACAUGGGGAAUAAUGAUGAGCUUGUAGACAGAUUUUUAUUAGAAAUCGGCCACGUAGUCAUGAUAACAAUUCGCCUUUCUCAUUAUGAUAAAGAAUCACAAGAAAUCAUCAAUUUAUGUGAAGGAAUUAUAUAUGAAUUUCUCAAUAUCUGUGCUUUAAAAAUCAAUAUUCUCCUAAAAACUAACCCAAAAAGAGCCCAUUCUUUAGAAAUUACAAGUUUUCUUAAAUGGAUUUGGGAACAAUGUUUACGGCCAGAAAGAGCCUGUAGAGAAAAUUCUAAAAAAAUUUGGUGAAGACUAGCAGAAAUUGUAGGAAUUGACAAACUAGCCUGAAGCAGACAAAAUCAGCUGGAUAUAGGGAAUCGUGACAAUUAUGAAGAAUAUGAAGGGAUUAUUGACUGUAUUAGUUGGCUUUCUAAAGAAGGCUUAAUAGAGCACAAUCCAAGACUUAUAGAGCAAAGUCUGACAGAUUUCGCAUUAGGAGAAUGUGCAGAAGAAAAUAUCGUGAAAAAGCUGUAUUCCUUAAAAGCUACGAUGGAUUAUUGCAAACUUUACCCAAAUGCAGGCAUAAAUUCAGAAUUUCUAAUAAAAAUCGUAGUCAGUCCGAAUCAGCUUGGGAUUUUUCCACAGGUGGAGACUCCUGAAAUCAGCAAAUUAUAUGAAGAAUUAAGGGAGUCAGCAAUGGAAAUUUUGAAUAUUAAUGCGGUGACAGCUCAACAAAUAAUAGAAAUCUGGAACAAUUUCAGCAUCUAUACCUCAGAAAGACUAUUAAAAGUAUCUCUAUAUGGCUUCUCACGCAUUAUAAAGCUUCUUGGAAAUAAAGGCCAAGCUAUAUACAAAGCAAUCCAACAAACCAUUUUUCCAGUCAUGGUAGAAUCCCUUUCCCAAGAUACCCAAUCUCAGCUACGCAAAGGAAAAGCUUUAUUUAACUUUUUCAAAGAAACCAAACUGUCAGAUGACGAUUUCAGCAUUCUUUUAACUACCCAAAAAGUCUUCCAAAACUGCAGCGAGCUUCUUCUUGACUAUAUUUCUUCUCAUUGGGUCCCUGCUUUAAAACUUACCUUUAAAAGCCUCUCAGUCCGUGCUGAUUUAUUAUUCCCUAUUCUUAUCCCAAUCCUCCAAAAAGGAGCCUCUACAGUCAAAGACUCCAAAAUUUUGCCUCUUAAAGACUUUAUUAAUGAAUUUGUAGAGUGUGCUAUGCCUUUAAUGGGCAUGAUUUCUGUAAUCCCCAGCAUUGAGCACUGUCAGAUCAUCGUAAAAGUUUACUGUGUUUUCCUUGAUUUUUGUAAAAAUUUAGGGAUUUUUGGAGAGGGUAUAGAAAUUGUGAAAAAAAUGCCUCAGUUUUUGCAGCAUAUACAGGUGAUAAUAAAGAAUUUAUUGAGCCCUGAUAGAGCGGCGUCUAUUAAAAGAGAAGCAAUUAAUUUAAUUGCUAUGAUGUGGGAUUAUAGAAUGGUGAUUCCUAAUUACUGGAAUGAAAUAAAGCCUUUGCUUAUGGAAGUCCAAUCUCAGCAUUUUUUGACUGGGACUCAAAAUCUGCGCCCAGGGAAAGAAACUUAUGAGUUUGAAUCUUUAAUAAAAGGAUUUUUCGAGCUGAUAAAGGCAACCCAUCAUAUUGAUGCUGUGACACUAAUAUUUUCUUUAAUAAGAGAAGAAGAUUCUGGAUAUGAAGCUGAACUUACCCAUGUUUUGAAUACUUUUAUUGAUGACCAAAUCACAAAAGAGCCUUUAGGGACUUUUCAAGAUAGUUUUAGGGACUUUUUAACCCAUUUUUUUAAUCCAAAUAUUGAUAGAAAUAUCAAGCAUAAUUUGAGAUGGGGAUUGGCGAAAAGGAUUCUUCUGCCUAUGAUGGAUAUUUGUGAUGAAGAAAUGCUGGAAAAUCUUGUUAUUGCCCAUACACAUCAGUUAUUAGGAAAAUUAAAUGAAAAACCAGGGGAUGCCCAUGACGCUUUGGAUUAUUUUUUUAAACUGAUGGAAAAACGCUUUGUUUUGCUGUUUUUUGAAAAAACUUAUGCAAGAUUGCCAUCGCAGAGGCUGAAAGAUAACACCCAUAAAGCACUUUUUGGGGCUGGGUCGCAAGGAAAUGAGCUGACUAAGCAGUUAAUUAAUUUUUGUGGAAAAUACAGAAAAGAGAAACCUGAGAGAUUUGAGCUUUUAGGGAAUUUUGAUAAUGGAAACCAAGCGUUAAGGGAGUUCAGCUCAGCUUGUUAUGCGUGUUUAAUGACAACUAUAAGGAAGACACAAAGCCAGGAAAAGAUUUUCUUUAAUUUUCUGUUUAAAGACCAAGUUUGGAACGCAGUUGUUGAGGAAAAAGAAAACUAUGGGUUUACGCCGCAGACUGAUUUUAGGACAAAAAUUCAAGAAAAAUCUAAUAAAAAAGCACCAGAAAAAAAAGAAACGACUAGCAUUGCGGCGGGAUAUAUCACUUCUUCUUUAUUUUCGCAAUCCCAAGAUAUCAGUUAUUUCUAUCAAAAUUGAAUAAGCCUGGCAAAAUUAAUAAAAAUUUUUAUUCUAAAAAUGAACAGAUUUUUAUACUAAAAUAUACUUAAAGCCACCUAAGAAAAAAAUUAUCGAAAUCCCUGAAAUUGAGCCAGAAGUCGACUUAGAACUCGACGAAAUCAACUCAUUGCCUAUUAUGAAGCCACUCCUCGAAGUCAUUGAAAAGAUGGAAAUGCUCUUUAGUGAAACCUGAGGAAACGACAUGCCUCAAUGAAUGCAAUGCCUCCAUGGCGACCUCUGCAACCCUAAUAAUUCUUUAUCAGUCAAACUUUUCUUGAUAAAAAUCAUCCUCAACAGACCUAAAACUUUUGAGAAAUGGGGUGACCAGUGGUUUGAGCCUAUCUGCAAUACAAUGACUCUCCCUAACAACGGUGGCACAGGUUUUCACUAUUUCUUAAGAGAUGUCGCUUGUCUUCUUCUAUAUGAAUGGGAAAAACUAAUCCCAGUCGGCAAAGAAAGAUCAGCUACCAAAUUUGUAAAUUAUUUAAUCCGUGUAGCUGCAGAUACCAGCAAAUCUGUUUUAGAGUCAAAUUUAGAUAUAACAUUUUAUCAUAAAUAAACCAUUAAAAUUUUAUUUUUUUUUUUUUUUAUAUAAUCUUUAUAAGGUAUAUCAUAUAUAACCUUAUAAAAAAAUGAAAAGCACAGGUGACCUUGGAGCAUAAAUAUAUAGACGGGAUGAUAAAAAAACAAAUGAAUAAAGAUCCUCAGCCUGAGGAGGAAAAAAGAGUAAUUGCAUGGAAAAUGGCAGGGAUUUUGAUAUAUGGAUAUGCUGUAGGUGAAAAAGUAGGAGUUUUAGAUGGGCUUGAAAAUAAAGAAUUCAUGAUUGUAGAAGGCUUAAUCAAAUGCCUGGAAUUUAAUAGGAAGCAAAUCAUUCUGGCUGCUUCUGAAGUGAUUGGGAAAAAGCUGGCAAAUGGAAACGCAGGGGAGCUUGAAAAUGAGCUUUUAGCCGUCUUAGCUAAAAAAGAAACCAAAGAUAUAGGACUUAUGGUCGCGAUUUUAGAAAAAGUUACUAUAGGCUACCCACAAAUUCUAAACCAAAAAAAUCUAGCACGAAAACUUAGCGAGUUUUUCGGGACUUUAUCAGGAAAUUCCAGAGCUCAGCUGUUAAAAUGUGUCUUAAAAUACGCCGAACACAUCAAAACUUCUCCAGAUUUUAUGAACCUCCCCGACCUUGCUGAAUAUUUAUAUAGAGAUCGUGCCAAAAUUUCUAACGACAAUGAAGAUUCCCAUAGACUUGCCUUGCUUCAACUUUUGUCCUGCCUUAUUGACCUCCAUUUCAACCCAAGCGUAAAAAAGGCUGUGACUGGGUUUAUCCCUUUGCUGAGCGCAUAUUCCGCUUCUCCUAAUUUUGAUAUCCGUAAAGGACUUUACACGCUAAUGAGAAAAGCAUAUGAUGAAGCUCCAAACCUAGAAGACGCUGGAAGAAUUCGUUUAAAAGCCAAAGAAAUUUUGGUUCGGGCACUUGGGGAGCUUUCUCCAGAGCUUUCUGACUAUAUAGUAGAAUUUUGGAACCAGCAAGAGAGGCUUGGCCUGGAUUUAUCAGUUAGAGUCACACAGUGCUUGUGGGAUCUUUAUAGCCCAAGCUAUGAAGAGUUAUGGCUGUUGGCGUCUUCUCAUUUAGCCCUUAAGCUAAGCGAGCUAAGCACAGAUUAUGAUAAAGUGCUGUUUGACCAGCCAUUAGCGAAUAUUGAUUUUGAAGACGCUGAUAUCAGGUCUGAAAGCCAAGCUUCUUUCCCUAUGACUCCGAUAUUUUCUCCUAGUUAUUUUCAAUAUGAAGAAGAAAGGAAAUUUUCUCAAAAAUUGCAGACUCAGUCAAGCCAAAGCACAGAUUUCGCAGUCCCCAGGGCUAUUCCAAGAAGAAUCAGACACUUUAUAGAUGGCUCACAAGCGAGUCAAGAAGAGCUUAGGGUAUCAAUAAGGAAAAAACAAAUGGAAAGGAUUGAACAGCGCAGUAAAGAACAACGAGCAAGGGUAGUAAACACAAUGAGAAAAUAUAGGACAGGCGAUUUCCCUGAUAUACAGAUCACAGCAAAAGAUUUGAUUUUACCAUUAGUGACCUUAUCAAGGCUAGAUUCUGAGGUCGCUGGACAUGUAUGGACUGCUCUAUGUGCAGGACUUUGUAAUGAAGGAAUCAGUAAUGACUCAAAACACCGAAUUGUCAGAGGCCUUGGCAGGGUCUUAGAAUCCAGCGAAAAAUUUGAGCCAUCAGUGAUAUCUUGCGUCCACAGGACUUUAAGAGAUAUUGUAUCAGUUAACGGCGAACUUGUUCAGGAAUUAAACUCACAAAGCAUUUCUAACAGUGGAAUUAAAGGGUUCUGCUACCAAAGUGCUAUAAUGCUGCUACAGGAAUGCAUUUUGAGGAAUGAAGAGCCAGUCCAGCCUAAAAGGAGAAAAGUGAUACAAGCGAUUAGUGGGACUGAAAAACCCGAAAUUUCUCAGCAGAAUAGAAGACUAUGAAUUGCCCUUACAAAAGUUUAUGAGUCUAUGGGAGAUUUAGACGCAGUCAGAGGAAUAUGGCUACAAAUUACCCAACAAGAAGGCUCUCAGCUAUCAGCACUAUUUAGAGACACUUUAGGCUUGAAAAUCAGAGGCGAAAUAAACCCUGCAGCUCGUGAUUUUGCUAAUAUUUUAGCCCAUGAUGGAGGACUUGACGCCGAUUUAUUAGAAGAGGUCAAAAAAGAGUACUUAGACUCUUUAGCACUAUUAGGAAAAUGGGAAGAGCUUAAAAACAAUGUCCCAGACGACGUAUCAACCCUAAAAAUAAGGUCUCUAUUAAGACUAGACGAAUUCGGAGAGCUCACUGAUUUAAUGAACAACGCCCCUCCAGCUUCCCUCUACAAUGCUUAUGCUUAUGAAAUGGCAGUUCUUAGUAUCACCCAAGACGACGCUGAUAGGACAAGGUAUUAUCUUGAUGAAGAAUUCUCUAGGUUUGUAGAAAGCUGACAAGGCUUAAAUGCACUUUCUAGCUCUGCGAAGCAUAAAUUGAUACAAAAAGUCCAGAAAAUCUAUGAGUGUUUUGAGUUUGUGCAGAUUUUUGCAGAGAAAAAAGAAGAAACUGCUGAUGAGUAUGUGGAGAGGAUACAAGCGACGUUUAUGGGGUGGAAAGAAAGGAAGCCGUCUGUUUAUUAUGACGAAUUAAGUGUGUGGGAUGACGUUUUGUACUCAAGAGUGCUGUUUUAUGAUAAAAUUAAGACUAAGCAGCAAAUUGAAAAUCAGGAGCUAAAAGAGUUUAAAUCAGUUCUAUACGCAGAUACUGCUGAAUGUCCUUUAAGGCUUGGCUGGUUUGACAUUGCAGAGCGCUACCUCCGAGAAGGCAUGAGAAAACGUGAAAACAAGCGAGUCACCGACCUUUCUCUAUUCUCCCCAGUUCUCCGUCUCAAAGCCAAACAGCUUGAAAAAUCUGCCUUUGCAAUGGACGUCCCUUUCAUUUCUGAAGAAUUCAAAAAACUCAUAAACACCGCUGACGCCCAACAAAUCGACCAAGCUCAACAAGCCGCUUUUUCUUUCCUUAAAGGCCAGCUUUACCGUAUCCAAACCCGUAUUCUUCUCGAAAAAGGUUCCCCAGAAAUCGCUACAACCCUCCCAGUUUCUGCAAAAUCUGCCUACGAUUUCUUAUCUCAAUCACAAAAUACCAUAAAAAAUAAAAUGAAAUUCGCCCAAUUUUGUGACAUGUUAUUGCGUGAUUUUGAGCAUGAAAAUGAUGAAAAAAGGAAUAUUUUGGGGGUUUGCUUUAAUAGGAUGGGGAUACAGCCAGAAAUGUUGGCAAGAAAUAUAGUGAUUGCGGUGCUUGAAGCAAUGGCGCUUGGGAGUUCUAGGGCUCAUGACUUGUUUCCGAGGCUUUUGGAGCUGCUGAAGUAUAGGAAUUUGAUGGAAGUUUUUAGUAAUUUGAUAGCCCAGGUACCUGCGUGGAUGCUGAUUAGGUGGAUUUCACAGAUUUUGGCAAUUUUAGAUAAGGAAGAAUCAAGUGCCCUUGCAGAGGCUGUGCAUAAGUUGGUGCAGCAGUAUCCGCAGACUGUAUUUUAUCCUUUUAAGUGUUUUACCUCUGCUGAUUGUGCAAGUCAGUUUGAGAAAAAUAGGACAGUUAAGAAAAAUGCGACUUAUUUGUUACUAGAAGCAGCAUAUCAAAAUUAUAACCAUUUAGAAGCCUUCAUAGCUGCUUUAGAAUGUCUUUCCCACCCUGAGCACCGUUAUAAAUAUUUCUACGAUAACAUAAAAGAAGCCCUCGAAGACCCUGACCCUAACCGAGCUUACAUUGAAUAUUUGUCCAGCCAGAUGUUUGAAUCCGUCUUUGACGAAGAUCAUCCUUUACUUGGCCGAUCCCUUGGUGCCUACAACCGAAAAUUCGCCAACGACUGGAGAAAUGUCUUCUUAAAGUACUUCGGAAAAUCAGGCACCAAAAUAUCUCAGAUGAAUUUCGACCAAUUUAACGUGGUUAUUGGGGCUUCCCACAAAAAAAUUCUAGAAACUCAAAGACAGCUUAGCCACGGCAAUGAAAAACUUAACGCCUUUUCUGAAUGGCUUGCAGACUAUGAUAUAACAGAACACAAAGGUCGUCCUAUUUAUAUCCCAGGUCAGCAUACAGGUCUUCAUGAGCCUUAUAAAGGAGGCGAAGUCAGCAUUGUCUCAUUUAACCAAAACUUGCUUAUCCUAAAUUCUCUCAGAAGGCCAAAAAGACUAGGAAUGCAUGGGUCAGACGAAAAAGAAUAUUUAGCCUUAGUAAAAGGAGGGGAAGAUUUAAGGCUUGACCAAAGGAUCGAGCAGCUUUUUUCAUUGAUGAACCAAAUAUUUAAAAAUGACCCUGACUGUGCAAGGCUCGGAAUUACUUUGAAAACCUUUAAUGUCGUCCCUAUGAAUAAAAGGCUAGGGAUCGUAGAAUGGGUGCCUAAUACAGACCCACUGAAAAAAUGGAUAAAUAAAGAACUUGCGAGACAUUAUAGGAUCAAUGAUUUAGACUCCUCAGAUGCUAAUAAAAAUAGGCUGUCUUGGAUCAGCUCAUUGUCUUCUAAUAUACAAGGCACUGGAAUUGUGGACAAGCACUUGAUUUUGCUUGGGUCAAGUUCAGAUGAAAUCGUGAAAAAUUUCAAAAUCCAAGAAAGCUUGGUGCCGUGGGAUUUAAUAAGACAAGUGCUAUUAGGCUUAAGCACGACCCCAGAGAGCUUUGUAUAUGUAAGAAAACAGUUCAUACAUUCCUUAGCGGCAAUUAGUAUUUGUGGGUAUAUUUUAGGGAUCGGGGAUCGACAUUUAGAAAACUUUUUGCUUGAUAGGUCUGAUGGAGGGUUGUUAGCUAUUGAUUUUGGUAUAGCAUUUGGGAAUGGGGUCUCUUUAGGGAUUCCUGAGCUUGUUCCAUUUAGAUUAACAAGGCAGCUUAUAGCUGUUUUAAGCCCUGAAGGCUUACAAGGAGAACUUAGACAUGCUAUGAUAUAUGUCCUUAAGUCCCUUACUCCCCCCCCUCGAAGUUCGACCAAGAUUUUUUUGGUCGAACUUCGAGGGAGGUUAAGAAAAAUUUUUUUAAAACAAAUAUAUAUAGAAUUUGUUUUAUAUAAUUUAGUAGUGAAAAAAUAAAUAUUUAUCAUAUUCUUCUGGAUAUACAUAAAAUGGCGUAUGGCGACCGACCCACCCUCUCAGUGGUGGUUACCCAUGUAUAUCCGGGCAUGGUUUUUGGAGCCAGGAAUUAGCCCAACAACGUCUGGGACCUCGAGGCGAGAGGCCCAAGCGCGAGAACCGCUGUUUUUGCGACCAGACCCAUGGGCAGUUAUUCGUGACUUCUUUUUGCCAGCAGCGCUCAGCCCAGUGAGUGCCCGAAAUGAGGCAGGGUGAAUUACCUGCCUAAGCUGCUUUAGUGGCUCGCCCCGAAUGGCGAAAGCUGUUGAGUUCUUUCUCGGGAUGACCGGAAAAGAGGGGAGGCGAGUUAGACACCAAAACGGGGGUCUCUCCAGUUGAAAAGGUGCCCUUCAAUGGGCAGAUCUGGCGGACGACGAAGCGGAGUUGGCGUAAACUUAGGCGACGAUCCAAGUUGGAAAUGGAGGUGGUCAGCAAAGCCGGUAUGAGACGGCCCUUGACAAUACCUCUACCGAGAAACCGGGGGUUUCGGCCCGGGCUUGGUGAACGCUCUGCCACCACACGGGAGACCGUGGCAUGCGACCUCGGACGUAGUAGGGACCUUAAAUACCCAGCGUAAUCUUAAUCUUAAUCUUAAUCUUAAUCAUAUUCUUCUGUAUGGUUGAGAGGGUGUAAGGGUUAGAAAAAAUAGUGCAAGAUGGUUUUGUAACGCUUUUUUUAGAACUUGAAUACAAAAAUCGCAAGCUCACCCCCACAUAGUUUAAAAUUUUUGAAAAAUUGCUUAUUUUCCUAGUAAAUUUAUAUAGGUCUUGGUCGAACUUUGAGGGGGGUUAAUUUUUCCAAAAAAAAUAGGAAUUUUCCCUAUAUCUUGGUCGAACUUCGAGGGGGGCAGUUAGAAAACAUAAAAAUUUAAUAUUGGAUUGUUGUGAAGUGUUUAUAAAAGAGCCGCUUUUAGACUGGGUGAAGGCUGCAAAGACCAAAGAAAUGAAUGCAAGCCAAAUCCAAGCAUCAGGAAGCACAAUUUUAAGCCAGGAAGAAGAAGCAGCUUGGUUUCCGAGAAAAAAGCUGGAGAUUGUAAAGAAAAAAUUGUCUGGGUAUAACUCGGCUCAUGUGAUGUAUGAGGAAUUUGUGACGACGAAGCAUGCGAAGACGAAUUAUGCGAAGAAAUUAGUUGAUGUCAUUAUGGGGCCUGAAGAUAGUUUGAGAAGAUCAUGCGCGGAAAGUGGGCUAGGGGUUGAUCAGCAAGUAGAUAUAUUGAUAGAGCAUGCAACUGAUCCUAAUAUACUUGGACGUGCCUGGAUUGGCUGGUUACCUCACAUUUAA